CACAACAUCUCUACUUUCCUAUGUGACGACAUGAUUCGCGGUCCACAACCACACACAGCCCACAGCCAAAAUGCGCGACUUGACUUGAGUUAGACCGCUGAUGAAUAAUGCAGCAUGGAGAAAAGACUGGUUUAUACCCGUAACUCCGGGUACGCUCGCCCUUCUUAUAUUCGGCCGGCUGCUCUUUGUCGAGUGCGCUACGUCAGUCAUCAGUCGUCAGUCGAUGUGCCUUAGGUAGUCCCGACAUAUGUCCUUCUGUAUCUGUUUUCCCUCGUCUUUCUCUUCCAUUUUGGACUUCUGCUAGAAUACAUCCUUAUUCGAGGCUUUGGUGAACCAGUUGCGGGACACAUCCUACGGAAGCGGCCGAGGUUCUAGCUACGGAGCGCUCUAUCUAGCUUACAACGCCCGCCGACACGGAAUUGCUUCCAUGUGGGUCACGACAGUCGACGGAAAGGACCUCCAGCUUCAGCGAACCGAGUCUGGAGCUCUUGUGAAUCCAUGGCACAGAAAUGAGAUACCCUUAGAUGCUGGUGGACUGCAUCCCACAGCUGAAGAUGUAGAAGCUGGCCGAGCCAUAGAAGUGCAACCGGCUCUCGCCGGAACUUGGGGUGAACGAGAUGCCGGUGGUGUGAAUCCAGAAUUAGCCAGAGAAGAAUUAGAAGAAUUGCAACAUAAUCUCAUCCAACUGCAUCAGACACGGACACACGAAACCCAGGCCAGUCGUCGUGUUCGGCCUUCUCGUUCACGAGGGGCAAGGGAAGAUGCUGACCGUUCUGGUGCUGCUGCGGAAGCCGGAGGCGAUGGUGAUGAUUUUGAGCUGGGCAAGUUCAUGCGUGAGGGACGAUUCGAGAGACGCACAGAAGAAGGAUCGGAGAAGAGGGUCGGUGUCGUCUAUCGAAACCUCACCGUCAAGGGCAUUGGAAGUGCUGCGUCAUUCGUACGGACAGUUCCCGAUGCCGUCAUCGGUACUUUUGGCCCAGAUCUCUGGCAUAACUUCACAAAAUUAUUGCCUUCGCUGCGAUUCAGAAAGCCUCCUACACGAACAUUAAUCCAUGAUUUCACCGGAUGUGUUCGCGAUGGCGAGAUGAUGCUCGUCUUAGGCCGCCCUGGGUCUGGAUGCUCUACCUUCCUGAAAGCAAUCACCAACAACCGCGAAUCUUACGCUGCUGUUGAAGGUGACGUCUCGUAUGGCGGCAUCCCAGCAAAAAGACAGAAGAAGAUGUACCGCGGCGAGGUCAAUUAUAAUCCAGAAGACGACAUCCACCACGCCACGCUAAACGUGUGGCAAACACUAACUUUCGCCUUACUCAACAAGACGAAGAAAUCAGGGAAGGAGGAUAUUCCUCUCAUUGCUACCGCUUUGAUGAAGAUCUUCGGAAUAAGUCACACAAAGUACACAUUAGUGGGCGAUGAGUAUGUUCGCGGUGUGUCGGGUGGCGAACGCAAACGCGUGUCAAUCACCGAAACAUUGGCAUCAAAAUCAACAGUCAUGGCCUGGGACAAUUCAACUCGUGGCCUCGACGCCUCGACAGCCUUGGAUUAUGCUAAAUCGCUAAGGAUUAUGACGGAUAUCACCAACCGCACAACACUCGUGACCCUCUACCAGGCUGGCGAAGGAAUUUAUGAGCUGAUGGAUAAGGUUUUGGUAAUUGAUGAUGGACGUGAAAUCUACUCCGGUCCUGCCAAAGAAGCGAAGCAGUAUUUCAUCGACCUUGGUUUUGAGUGUCCUGAGCGGCAGACGACGGCAGACUUCUUGACAGCAGUCACAGACCCCAAGGAGAGGCGAUUUAGACCAGGCUUCGAGAACAAAGCACCCAAGACUGCAGAGGAAUUAGAGAAGGCAUUUAGAAACUCGGAAAAUUACCAAAGACUACUGGAGGAUGUGCGGGAUUACGAGGAACAUCUCCAAGAAACCGAAUUCGAAGAUACGAAGCGAUUCGAGGGCGCCGUUCAAGCGGGCAAGUCGGGUAACGUUAGCAAAAAGUCACCGUAUACCGUCUCAUUUCCCCGUCAGGUGAUGAACUGCACCAAACGCGAGUUCUGGCUACUCUUCGGCGACACCACGACCCUUUGGACAAAGCUAUUCAUCAUUAUAUCGAACGGUCUCAUCGUCGGCUCAAUCUACUACAACCAGCCCUUUUCAACCGCGGGAGCUUUCACGCGUGGUGGCGCCUGUUUCUUCUCUAUUCUCUUCUUAGGCUGGCUGCAACUAAGCGAGCUUAUGAAAGCAGUUUCGGGACGAGCUGUAGCUGCGCGGCAGAAAGACUACGCCUUUUAUCGCCCUUCCGCAGUUGCCCUUGCUCGUGUGAUCACGGAUAUACCUGUGAUCCUUAUUCAAGUGGUCAUCUUUGGCAUUAUCAUGUACUUCAUGACGAAUCUUGAUCGCGAUGUCAGCAAGUUUUGGAUUUAUCUUUUGUUCGUCUACACCACCACGAUCCUGGUAACGGCCCUCUAUCGUAUGUUCGCCAGCAUCUCACCGGAGAUUGACACGGCUGUUCGUUUUUCUGGUAUUGCAUUGAACGUUCUUAUCAUCUACACCGGAUACGUCAUUCCCAAGACACAACUGCUGAGCAAGUAUAUCUGGUUUGGCUGGCUCUAUUGGGUGAAUCCUCUAUCCUACAGCUUCGAGGCCGUUGUUACGAACGAAUUUUCCGCCCGUACGAUGCAGUGCGCGCCUGAUCAACUCGUUCCACAGGGACCCAACGUCCAGCCUGACUUUCAAGGGUGCUCGUUGAGGGGCGCAGCAAUUAACUCUGCUCAAGUCACAGGCGGCGAUUACUUGCAGGAGCAAUUCAACUACAGUCGCACAAACUUAUGGCGAAACUUUGGUGUCGUAAUCGCUUUCACAGUUCUAUAUAUUGUCGUCACCGUUAUCGCUACGGAGAUGUUCAGCUUUGUUUCCGCUGGCGGCGGUGCACUCAUCUUCAAGAAGAGUCGUAAAGCGAAAACGCAAGCCAAAAAGAUGGAGGCGCCCGAUGACGUGGAGAAGAACAUGGGCUCAGACUCUAGCACAUCCUCGAACAGCUCUGGAAAUAUGACUGCUGUGAAUGACGAAUCCGAUCUGGAGCAACUGAGCAACAGCGAUUCUAUUUUCACAUGGCGUGAUGUUGAAUACACUGUACCCUACCUUGGCGGCGAACGGAAAUUAUUGAACAAGGUGAAUGGAUACGCAAAGCCCGGUCUUCUCGUUGCUUUAGUUGGCGCAUCCGGUGCGGGCAAAACAACUCUCCUAAAUACGCUGGCGCAGCGUCAGCGCACGGGAGUUGUCAGCGGCGAGAUGUUUGUUGAUGGCCGUCCAUUGGGACCCGACUUCCAGCGCAAUACAGGCUUCUGUCUUCAAGGAGAUCUCCACGACGGCACGCAAACCAUACGUGAGGCACUCGAAUUUAGCGCGCUAUUACGCCAAGAGUCCAGUAUUCCGCGAUCCGAGAAACUGGCGUAUGUCGACAAGAUCGUCGAUCUACUCGAGCUGAAUGAUCUCCAAGACGCCAUAAUCUCCUCUCUCGGUGUUGAACUCCGCAAACGGUUGACUAUCGGCGUAGAGCUCGCUGCGAAACCGUCACUUCUCCUCUUCCUCGAUGAGCCGACGUCCGGUCUGGACUCUCAAUCCGCAUAUUCCAUUGUGAGCUUUCUGAAGAAACUUGCGCGAGCCGGCCAAGCUAUAGUUUGCACAAUUCACCAACCGAGCUCCGUCUUGAUCCAGCAGUUCGAUAUGGUUUUAGCGCUGAACCCUGGCGGAAAUACAUUCUACUUUGGGCCCAUCGGUGACAACGGCAAAGACGUCAUAGAGUACUUCUCGCAGCGCGGUGCGCGUCCGUCGCCUGGUAAGAACAUUGCCGAGUUUAUCCUCGAGACGGCCGCACGGCCGCAUACGCGCGAGGAUGGCACUAAGGUUGACUGGAACGAGGAGUGGCGCAAUAGCGAGCAGGCGGAGAAAGUGAUUGAGGAGAUCGAUGGGCUAAAGAGGGUGCGCAGCGCCGCCACGGAGGAUCAACAAAGUGGAAAGAAGAAAGAGGCGUACAAGGAAUACGCCGCAUCGACAUACACACAGACAGUCGAGCUGACGAAACGCAUGUUCCGUCAGUACUGGCGAGAUAGCUCUUAUCUAUACGGGAAGCUGUUUGUUUCAGUCAUUGUAGGUAUUUUCAAUGGCUUCACGUUCUGGAAAUUGGGCUACUCGAUCCAGGAUAUGCAAAACAGGCUCUUCACGUGCUUCCUGAUCGUCACCAUUCCGCCUACCGUCGUCAAUGCCGUCUUGCCCAAGUUCUUCCAGAAUAUGGCUCUCUGGGAGGCGCGAGAGUAUCCCUCCCGGGUCUACGGAUGGGUUGCGUUCUGCACUGCUAAUAUCUUGGCCGAGAUCCCCGCCGCAAUCGUCUCAGGCACACUCUACUGGGCACUCUGGUACUGGCCUACGGGUCUGCCGACGCAGAGUUCCGUGUCGGGAUAUGUCUAUCUGAUGACCAUUUUGAUGUUCCUCUUCAUGAACAGCUGGGGUCAAUGGAUUUGUGCCUUCGCCCCCAGCUUCACUGUCAUCUCAAACAUCCUCCCCUUCUUCUUCGUCAUGUUCGGUCUGUUCAACGGCGUCGUACAACCCUAUAGCAUGAUUCCCGUAUUCUGGCGAUACUGGAUUUACUACAUCAAUCCCAGCACAUAUUGGAUCGGUGGCGUCUUGGCAGCGACACUCGACGGAUCCCCGGUUGAGUGCGAGGUCGCGGAGACGGCACGCUUCGACGCUCCCGGAGGCCAGACCUGUGGCGAUUACGCAGGCACAUUCGCCUCUUCGGCCGGCGGCUACCUGCUCAACCCUGAGGCGCGCACAGACUGCCAGUACUGUCCCUACAUGACUGGAAACCAAUACCUCGCUACGCUCAACAUCGAUGCGAGCGAGAAGUGGAGAGAUUUCGGCAUCUUCCUCGCCUUCUGCAUCUCCAACUGGGCCCUGGUCUACUUCUUCAUCUACACGGUGCGCAUCCGCGGCUGGAGCUUCGGGCUCGGAUACAUCUUCGGGGCCCUGGGCAAGCUCGUCGGCGCGUUGAAGAAGCCGUUGAAGCGCUUCGGUCGGAAAAAGGAAUGAGGUGCUAGUUGAUAUUUUUUGAAAAAAAAAAAAAAAAAAAAAAAAAAAAAGUGUGUUUGAUAGCGGGAAAUGAUUUUAGAGAAUUUAGAUUAAUGCUUAAAGAUCUGGGGGUGAUGGUUAUGUCAUAGAAGGGGUACAAACAGAUAGAAUAUUGUCAUGCUUCAGUGCAUGGCAGAUAAUUAGUCUCACGGCGUCAAUGGGUACCUAAGCAAGUUUCGUUCAAACAUAGCAAAAAUCAAUCAACACUUAGUUGCACAAACCAAA